UUGGUGAAGAACAUGGCGAGCAAACACUUGUCUCUGUCCCUGUUCCUCGUCCUCCUCGGCCUCUCGUCCAGCUUGGCCUCCGGGCAAGUCCUGUUCCAGGGUUUCAACUGGGAGUCGUGGAAGCAUAAUGGCGGGUGGUACAACCUCCUGAUGACCAAGGUAGACGACAUCGCCGCCGCCGGAAUUACGCACGUCUGGCUCCCACCGGCGUCGCAGUCCGUCGGCGAGCAAGGGUACAUGCCGGGCCGGCUGUACGACCUGGACGCGUCCAAGUACGGCAACGAGGCGCAGCUCAAGUCCCUCAUCGCGGCGCUCCACGGCAAGGGCGUCAAGGCCAUCGCCGACAUCGUCAUCAACCACCGCACCGCGGAGCGCAAGGACGGGCGGGGCAUCUACUGCCUCUUCGAGGGCGGCACCCCCGACGCGCACCUCGACUGGGGCCCCCACAUGAUCUGCCGCGACGACCGGCCCUACGCCGACGGCACGGGCAACCCGGACACCGGCGCCGACUUCGGGGGCGCCCCGGACGUCGACCACCUCAACCCGACCGUCCAGAAGGAGCUCCUCCAGUGGCUCAACUGGCUCAAGACCGACAUCGGCUUCGACGCCUGGCGCCUCGACUUCGCCAAGGGCUACUCCGCCGACGUCGCCAAGGUGUACAUCGACGGCACCGAGCCCAACUUCGCGGUGGCCGAGAUAUGGACCUCGCUCGCCUACGGCGGGGACGGCAAGCCGAACCUCAACCAGGACGAGCACCGGCAGGAGCUGAUGAACUGGGUGAACCGGGUCGGUGCAUCCGGCCCGGCCACCGCGUUCGACUUCACCACCAAGGGCAUCCUCAACGUUGCCGUGGAGGGCGAGCUGUGGCGGCUGCGCGGCGCCGACGGCAAGGCGCCCGGCAUGAUCGGGCGGUUGCCCGGCAAGGCCGUCACCUUUGUCGACAACCACGACACCGGCUCCACGCAGCACAUGUGGCCGUUCCCCUCCGACAGGGUCAUGCAGGGAUACGUAUACAUCCUCACGCACCCAGGGACACCAUGCAUCUUCUACGACCACUUCUUCGACUGGGGCCAUAAGGAGGACAUCGAACGCCUGGUGUCCAUUAGGACACACCAUGGAAUUCACAACGAAAGCGAGCUGCGGAUCAUGGAGGCCGACGCCGACCUUUACCUCGCCGAGAUCGACGGCAAGCUCAUUGUCAAGCUCGGGACAAGAUACGAUGUUGGCAACCUCAUUCCUGGAGGCUUCCACGUGGUAGCGCACGGUGAUGGCUAUUGCGUUUGGGAGAAAAUAUGA